AUGUUUCACCGCGUUGUAGCAGUCCCUGAAGAUAUCGAUUAUUUCGAAGCACCCAACCUUGACGAACCCACCUCAAGUAUCCAUUUUACCGACCCCGGCGACCAAAGCCUCAGAACCGCUGUCCCGUUCCGACUGCGACCAAGUGACUACCACGAGGGCUACAUUCAAACCCUAGCAGGCCAGAUCCCCAAGGUCCGAGUCGGCCCAACACUCAGCAUAUCCUGCAAUGGCAGCAGUGGUAAGCGCUUCUACGUCUCUCUGGCCGACCAGACAUGCGCAACCCUCAGCAGACUCUGCAGAUCCCUUGUCGGAUACAAAGACAUCCAGAUAUAUUACUGGGACCCGUUGUACAGGACUUGGACUGAAGCACGGGCUUGUGGAUCCUUGGAUCUGAUGAUGAAGGAUGUCAAGGAUAAGAAAGUAGUACAUGUUUUUGUCCUAAGACCCUGGGAAAAAGCAGCAGAUUUGCCUGAUGUGAGGGUUGAUGAGUGGGUGGAUUGGGGUGUUGUGCCUGUGAGGGGAAGAAGAGAACCUUGUGUCAAGCCUGAGAGAUGGAUUGGUUAA